AUGUCGGCGAUUCACGCCUACACGGCGCGCCCCGUCGCGGGCGCGAACCCCCGCGCCGGAGCCCCCCGCGUCGCGGGGUCGCGGGCGUUCGUCGCGAAGGCCCGACGGUCCGGGAGAUCGUCGGUGGCGACGCGAGCGCGCGGAGCCAACUUCGAUCCCAACGAUCCGAUGACUUGGAACGCGCCCGCCGCCGGCGAAGGGGACGACGAGGCAUUCUUUCAGGAGAUGGGCGCGCCGGUGGAGGACCUCAUGCAGCUCAGCGACGAGCAGCUGGGCCAGCUCCUGGGCCAGGAGGGGGUGCAGGUGCCGAUCAUGAUCGACGACGACGACAACGCCUCGGCGGACGCCCCCGCGGCGGCGGUCUCGGACAUCGAUCUGCCCCCCGCGACCGCGGGCGAGGCCAUCAACAAGGGCCUCGCCCUGUACAAGUCCGGGGACUAUCCCGCGGCCCUCGCCGCGUUCACCAACGCGCUCGACCUCCCGGGCACCGGACCCAUCCGCAGUCGCAAGGCUCGCGUGGCGCCCGCGGGUCCCUCGCAGGGCUUCGCAGACGCGUCCGUGUCCCUCAACGAGCAGAUCGCCGUUCACUACAACUGCGCGUGCUGCCACGCGCGGAUGGACGAUCCCCAGGCCGGACUCGUGUCCCUCGUCCGCGCGCUGGAGUGCGGCUACGACGACUACAAGAACAUCCGGUCAGAUCCCGACGUCGCGUCCCUCAGGGCGGAUGCCAGGUUCGAGGGGAUCAUGGGGAGGUUCGAGCCGCAGGGCGUGUUCGAGGGAGUCUUCUCCAUGCUUUCGAAGGGGACGACGGCGGAGCAGCGGAAGAAGGGUGGCGCACCGAAGGGCGGCGGCGGGGCUGAGUUGAUCGAGGGGCUGUUCCAGGCUUUCAAGGACAGAAAGUGAUGGGAUGGGUUCGGGGGUUCUGACUGUUUUACAUAGGACGAAUCUUGUAUAUUCGUGAACAUCGUAACGGCAA